AGAAGAGACACAUUGUAUUUUGUAUGUCGCGCUGUCAGAAUUAAUUGAACAUACACACUGAUAGAGAGUGUGAGUAUUGAUCAGUGGAUCGGAAGAUUGUUUAAUACUGUUGUCUUCGAUCUGUAUAAUUAUCAAAGCUUAAUAUUUUACUAGAGAAAUAUUGAUAUAACUCAACACAAUUACUAGAUAGUUAAUAAAAAUAUGACUUGUGUAUUACAUCUGACAUCUUCGUACACAACGCACUUCAAUGAGGGCAAUGCAACGGCUGCUUUACAAAAUAAAGGCGGCAAUGUUUUUGACUUCGAUUGGAUAAAUACUCAACAUCUACACGACGGAAAGUCUGGAGUUAGCACGGGUUCUUCUAUUUCGGAUGGAACAGACAUUUCUAAAGGAUUGCCGACAAAUGUCAAACAUGAGCAAUUGCACUUGCAAGCUGUUGUUCAUACUGAGACAGAACUUGAUUUAUGCGAAAGGGGCUCUUAUUGGGAGGAAAAACAUACAUUUACAAACGAUAAACAAGCCUUGAACAACUCAUGUAAAAAGAAGUAUAUAAUAACGAACCAGAAGAGUACCAAUAGCCACGGAAUAAAACGAAAAGCGGAAGAGAUGGGGUUUGACGAAGCGUAUAUUCCAUCGAAGCGUGUCUCACCAUUCUUAAAUACACCAAAGGAGAGAAAAGACAUUAGAAGAAACAUUUUGAAACUUUCAGUUAAGAAGUUAAAACAGUUAGAUGAUCCCGAAGCCUUUCUUAGAAGAACAGUUCUUGUUAAUAAUACAAUGAAACGCUUGCAAGUGGAAUUGCUAAACGAAAAGCGUAGAAAUAGGGAAAAUGAAUCCUGUGAUAGGAAAUGUUUUUAUGGCUAUAGUGAAUUUAGCAAAUAUUAUAUGUCAAACUUUUGUUUAUUAGAUUACCCCUACCUUAGUGGAGAACAUGAGAAGAUUACUGAUGAUAUGACAGACACACUCAUGAAUAAUGUGUUGAAUGAUAAAGUAGAUGCACACUCUAAUAUCUGUUCCAGUCAAACAGCUUCUCUAUACGUUUCUGAAGACCAGCAUCCUAGCCGAAAGAGUUCCAGUAUUACAGAAUCAGGCAAAGACUGUAUCUGUCAGUUUUGCUUAGAUAAUAGAAAAGAUAUAAUGGCAAAAUCUGUUGAUAGAUAUCAUGAGUUAGGGAGAGUAUGUAAGCGCAAUGAGGAUAAUAGUGCAGAAAAUGCCAAAAGCAUCGGCGGUGAUGAUUGCGAAGAAAUGCAGUUGGGUAAAAUGGCCACCUAGUCAAUUGAAAACGUUUAAGUAAGUGCUAAAGGUACAUAAUCAUGUUUGGUCAGGGCAAUAAAAUUUGUCAGAUUACAUCCAGAUGGUCCUUUUACGCUUGAAAUAAUCGAAAGUAAUGCUUUUUAGAUAUUGUGUUAAAGAGUGUUGGCAAACAAGGCAAAAUACUAUUUUGCAAUUAAUUUUAGCAAAUGAAAUAAAGAUAUUUACGAACUUUAACUGGUCACAGACUUUACCACAUAUGACCGUCGCAUUCCUUCAACACAUUCUUGUCUACACUGAAUGUAUUAUAGAAAAGCGAUCUCAUUUUCUUUGAAGUUUGAUGUUUGAAUAUACUUGAAAUAUUUCUAGGAAUUUAAGUGUUGUUAUUUGUCUGGCCCUUUGGGAUCUACGCCGAAGCUAGAGAGCGUAAGGAUUGCUGCGCAUUUCAAUACCUCUGAUAACUAGACCAAAUUAAACUGA